UUUAGGACACAGGAGUGAAACGAUGAAACGGGUGGCUUGAUGGAGAUUCGACUUGAAGCCGCGCUGGCGCGUUAUGUCAUGACGCCACGCGCGAGCAUUCCGGGCCGGGAGUCUUCAGUUGAGCGAUCAAGCGACGGCAGUCGGCCGCAGACUGUCGGUCGAGUGCAUGUGUUUUUUGAUCACGGAUCGCUGUAUAUGAAUCACAACCUACGCCAACAUUAGAAACGUUAACGCUUCGCAUCCAAAUCAUCAUUGUAUAACAUGAUAGGUGACGAGGAGCGAGUUCAUCAGUGCGGCGAGUGUGGUUUGACAUUGUCCACUCGCAGUGCGCUUACAGCACACGCACGAUCCCAUCGUUCUACUGCUGAUGCACAUCGCUGCGACGUGUGCCAUAAGACUUUUGCUGUGCCUGCACGACUCGUGCGCCACUACCGAACCCAUACUGGCGAGCGACCAUUUGAAUGUGAAUAUUGCCAUAAAAUGUUUAGUGUGAAAGAAAAUUUGCAAGUACACCGUCGUAUUCACACAAAGGAGAGGCCGUAUCGGUGCAAUGUUUGUGAUGCGGCAUUCGAGCAUUCCGGAAAACUUCACCGACAUGCUAGAAUCCAUACCGGCGAGAGACCGCACGCAUGUCCACAUUGUCAUAAGACGUUCAUACAAUCUGGUCAACUGGUCAUACAUUUAAGGACCCACACAGGUGAGAAACCCUAUCGUUGUCCUGCACCUGGAUGCGGAAAGGGCUUCACCUGCUCUAAACAGCUUAAAGUACAUUCUCGUACCCACACGGGAGAGCGACCCUAUACUUGUGAAAUUUGUCUCAGGGACUUUGGUUAUAAUCAUGUUCUCAAAUUACAUCGUUUUCAACAUUUUGGCGAGCGCUGUUAUCGUUGCACUGUAUGCGACGGUACAUUUAAUACAAAAAAACAAAUGGAAGCCCAUAUUUACAAAGAACAUGGCGCGGAAGCCCCCCGCACCGCACCUUUACAGAGUACAACACCAAUGGCUGCCGAUGGUAAAGUGAUGUGUGACUUGGUUGAAGCUGCUUUGCAACAGCUUCCUCCUACUCCACCUAGUUCACCGCCAUCACCUAGAUGUCCCAGUAUUUCAGUGGCUUCAAUGAUGCCAUCGUCAACUCAAGUCAACGAUACGCCGACAUCAUUAGCUGCGGUCCCCGUACAUUACAUUUCGUUGCCGUCUGAUUUACCGCCUAGAAAACGUAAAUUUAUUCCUCACAUAAACGAAGAAAUUACUCCGGCUGUGCGUCAUACUUCUGUUAUACAAUUUGCUCCGCCAGCUACAGAAUCAUAGUAGUGCUUGUUACAAAAUCAAUUAAAUUUAAAGUAAAAAAAUUACAUUAUUAUUAUAAUCAUUAAAGGCUUAAGAUAUUUUAGGUAGGUAUUUCAAGGCUGUUUAUUGGUUCGAUUGCAUGAGAAUGUGGAAUAUAGUGCUUGUGUUAGAUGAAUAGUUUGUUAUGGUAGUUGAACUUUUAUGAUCUGGAAUCGGUUAAGUGUCAUUUAAAAUUUGUAUGUUUCAAUGAAUCAUUAUUAGUUAUGGAGAACCUCAGUUACUCCAGGAAUGCAUUUUGUUGAUCGGGUAAUUUGAGAGCCAUGAAUGUUUCGUUAUUUGUUUUUAUAAUCAACGUAUUUAAUCUAACGGUAGGUAUAUAGGUUUUUAAUGUGAUUUUGUGGUAAACUAGCAUUUACAAUUUCCGACAGUUUCGGUCAAGCCAUUUUUAAUUAAUCUGAUA